UUAAGGUUAUGUUCAGUAAUUAGUCGCUUGCGUUGGUUGCUGGGAUUGCUAUCAACAGUGGCCUUUAUUUUAGUAAGAUCUAAUUCUUAUUAAACUGUAUUAACAUUGAUUGACAAGUGAUUCAUCAACGGUAUUCAAAAUGCCGCGAAUUAUGAUAAAAGGUGGUGUAUGGAGAAACACAGAGGAUGAAAUUCUCAAAGCGGCUGUUAUGAAAUAUGGUAAAAACCAAUGGUCUCGAAUUGCCUCACUCCUCCAUAGGAAAUCCGCUAAACAAUGCAAGGCUCGUUGGUUCGAAUGGCUGGACCCAAGCAUAAAGAAAACAGAAUGGUCUCGUGAAGAAGAUGAAAAGCUUUUGCACUUGGCUAAGCUUAUGCCGACUCAAUGGCGAACUAUAGCACCUAUUAUAGGACGUACAGCUGCUCAAUGCUUGGAAAGAUAUGAAUAUUUGUUAGAUCAGGCUCAAAAGAAAGAAGAUGGAGAUGAUGGGGAUGAUCCCAGGAAACUUAAACCUGGAGAAAUCGACCCAAAUCCCGAAACCAAACCGGCAAGGCCUGACCCGAAAGAUAUGGACGAAGAUGAACUCGAAAUGUUGUCAGAAGCUCGAGCUCGGCUAGCCAAUACUCAAGGUAAAAAGGCUAAGCGUAAAGCCAGAGAAAAGCAACUCGAAGAAGCUAGAAGACUUGCUGCGCUUCAGAAAAGAAGAGAACUUCGAGCUGCUGGAAUCGAGGUCGCUCCACGUCGACGCAAGAAGAGAGGAGUUGAUUACAAUGCGGAAAUUCCUUUCGAGAAACGUCCAGCGCUAGGUUUUUAUGACACUUCCAAUGAGGCGUUGGACCCAAUGGCGCCCGAUUUUUCCCGAAUGACACAACAAAAACUGGAUGGUGAUUUACGUAGCGAACAAGAAGAAAAAGAGAGGAACAAAGAUAAGCAAAAGUUGAAGCAGAGAAAGGAGAAUGACAUUCCAGAGGCGAUGCUUCAAAACCAGGAACCAGCUAGGAAAAGAUCUAAGCUGGUGCUUCCAGCACCUCAAAUCACAGAUCAGGAACUACAUCAAGUGGUUAAGUUGGGAAAAGCAAGUGAAGUAGCCCGCGAAGUUGCGUCUGAGAGUGGCGUGGAUUCUACGGAUACAUUGUUGAAUGACUAUACUGUGACUCCACAUGCCGCUGCUACUCCAAGAACACCUGCUCCACAAACAGAUAGAAUUAUGCAAGAAGCUCAGAACGUGAUGGCUCUCACGCAUGUUGAUACUCCUCUUAAGGGUGGAUUAAAUACCACCAUUCACAAUUCUGAUUUUAGUGGUGUUGCUCCACAACAACAGGUGGUUGCUACUCCCAACACCGUGUUAGCUACUCCAUUUAGGUCAAUCCGAAGCGACGGGAGCGCUACUCCAGGAAGUGUAGGUUUCAUGACUCCUAAAAGUGGAGCAAUGCUUCCAGUUGGUGGCGCUGCAGCUGCAUAUGUCACUCCAUCAAUUAGAGAUAAACUAAACAUUAAUUUGGAAGAGCAUUUGAAUGUUGGUGAUACCCCAGCCCAACAUCUGAUGUAUCAAGCGUCACUAAAGCAACAAUUGAAAAUGGGUCUUAGUAGUUUACCACAACCGAAAAAUGAUUAUGAAAUUGUUGUUCCCGACCAUGAAGAUCAGACGAUUCCAGAACAGGCGCAAGAAAGGUCGGUUGAAGACCAAGCAGAUGUGGACAAGAGAUAUCAGGAGGAGAUGAAAGCUAAAGCUGCAAAAGAACUUGCAUCUAGAUCUCAAGUGAUUCAAAGAGAUUUUCCUAGACCACAGGAAGUAAACUUGUCGGUUCUGCGGCCUCCGAAUGAGAGUUACUCGUUAACAGAUCUUCAGAAGGCUGAAGAAUUAAUCAAGUUAGAAAUGGCUACUAUGCUACAGUACGAUAAUAUAAAAAAUCCACAACCCACGCAGUCAAAGCAAUCUAGCAAAAUUCAUGCUCAGCAAUUGGCUUUCAUGGAGGAGAAUCCGUAUGACAAUUUUCAAUCUGAAGAACUUGAUGUUGCCCAAAACAUGCUGAAAAAAGAAAUGGAAGUAGUGAAAAAAGGAAUGAAUCAUGGCGAUCUACCUAUGGAUGCCUAUACCCAAGUAUGGGAAGAGUGUCUUCGCCAAGUACUGUUUUUGCCAAAUCAGAACAGAUAUACUAGAGCUAAUCUUGCAAGUAAAAAAGAUCGGUUAGAGUCUGCUGAAAAACGUCUGGAACAAAACCGAGGCCAUAUGGCGAAAGAAGCUAAAAAAGCCGCAAGAAUGGAAAAGAAGCUGAAAAUAUUGACGGGAGGUUAUCAGUCAAGAGCACAGGCGCUAGUUAAACAAUUGCAUGAUAUGUAUGAAAACAUUGAUCAAGCUAAUCUGGAAUUGAAAACAUUCAAGUUCCUUCAAGAGCAAGAGAGAAGUGCCUUGCCAAGGAGAAUACAGUCGCUGACCGAAGAUGUAGAUAGACAAAUGGAGCGAGAAAAGGCGCUCCAAAAAACCUAUGGUGAAUUGCAGAAUGUAAUUGGAGAAUUGCAGGAGCAAUAUGGACAUGGACAUCCAUUAUAAGUUGUUCAAAAUGUUGCCUAUUUUCCUGUAAACAAUAAGGUGUGUUUCUGAACUCGCCCCUGGAAUUACUUGCGUUAUAACCUCCAGCAAGCAAUGCGUACAUGUUUGUUUUAAAUAUCACCGAAAAAAUGUGUAAACUUAGGUAAAUAGGAAUAUGUAUACAAAUAAAAAUAAAUAAGUUAAUAAA